CCUUCCUCCCUUCCCUCCUCCACCCCCCCAAAACCAGGCUGGGCGACAUCCCCGAGGGUUGCAGAAUGAUGGGCUGAACCGAGCCGGCAUCUUUCGGCGACGACGGUGGUGGGAGCCAUUGGCACAGGCCAGCACCGGGAGAAGGAAGCAAAGCCCUCCCCCCCAGCCCCGUACAGGGGGGGUGGCCAGACCCCCCAGGGUCUGGCGAGGGACCCCCCCCCACCCCUUUUUCCCGGAGGAUCUGCACAGACGCAGUCCCCGGUUUGAGGAGCGGCAGAGCCGGUAGCAGCAGGUGCCAGCAGCCCAUGGCGUCCUACCGCAUCCGGCAGUACCGGGAGAAGGACUACGACGCCGUGCGGACCCUCUUCGCCCGCGGCAUCUUGGAGCACGCGCCGGCCGGCUACCGCCACAUCCUGCGCUCGGCGCGGGCACAGCUGGGGCUGCUGGUCCUCUUCGCUGCCGUGCGGGCAGCUGCCGGCUACUGGGUGCUGGGGCUGGCAGCCGUGGCCCUGGCGCUGGCGGCCACUUGGCCCGUGGUCCGCUCUUUCAGUACCUCCUAUGUGCAACAGGCGCUGAGCACCGACCUCUGUGACAUCUCCACCAGCUACCUGCGGGCACCCGACUCCUGCUUCUGGGUGGCGGAGGCCGGGGGGACCGUGGUGGGCAUGGUGGCCGUGGCACCGCCGCAGGAUCCGGCCGAGAGAGGGGUGGCCCUGGAGCUGAAGCGAAUGUCGGUCAGCAAGGACUACCGGGGCCGGGGCGUCUCCAAAGCGCUCUGCGGGGAGGUGCUGCGCUUCGCCCGGGCAAGGGGCUACGGGGCAGUGGUCCUCUCCACCUCCAUGGUGCAGGUGGCCGCCCAGAAGCUCUACGAGGGCCAGGGCUUCAGGAAGGUGGGCACCUUCAGCCCCUCGCUGCUCGGCAGCCUCCUCUGCUUCCAGAUCUUCCACUACCGAUGCGACCUGCCCGGUGGCACCGCGGCCCCGCCACGCUAGAUGCUGCCACCGCACCCCGACCCCCUCGCCCGAGGCACCCCCGCGGCACGUCCCACCACGUCCCCUGUGCACAAGGUGCAGCCGUGUCACCCCUGGCCCCAGCCAUGCCACACAAGGCACCCCAAACCCUGGCGUGUGGCACCCCCAGCCAUGGCACCACGGUGGCACCCGCAUGGGGUUGAUGGCGGGGGAUGGAGGUCAUGCCUGGCCGGGCUGCUGGGGCCAUUCCUAGUUUUCUAGAAAUAAAGGUAGAGACCUGUGGGA